UGUUAGUAGCGACAUGAUGGGGAAGAGCAAAAGAAAAGAGUAUCCCGAAAUACCAUUUGCUUAGUACUUCCUCUUCUAUCUCCUCCUACUCCCUUCUUUUCUACAUCCAUUCUCCCCCGUUUCAUUGAUCAUUACAAAAGAUGGUCGGCAAUUCUAUAGCAAACAUUCCAAUUUGCCCUACUACGAUGCUAGCUGCACAAUGGGUCUCCCCCAAAUCCCGUUUAAUUGCCCUAAAUACAUUCCCUUCACCACCCCCAAAACGGCGUUCACUUACUGUAAAAGCCGCAUCUCACGAUACAGAAAACAGCCAACAACCCUCAUCGUCAUCGUCUUUAGAAAGCAAUAAGAAGAACCCACUUGCAGUUGUCCUAGACGUUCCCCGGAAUAUCUGGAAACAAACGUUGCGCCCUCUCAGCGAUUUUGGGUUCGGUAGGCGAAGCAUUUGGGAAGGCGGAGUUGGGUUGUUCUUGGUGUCCGGCACUGUGUUACUUGCACUUAGUUUAAUUUGGUUAAGAGCUUUCCAGUUGAAGUCCAGGUUCAAAAAGUAUCUAGCUGUAUUCGAAUUUUCUCAGGCUUGUGGGAUUUCCACUGGUACUCAAGUUCGGAUCAGAGGGGUUACUGUUGGUAACGUUAUCCGUGUUAAUCCUUCUUUGAAAAGUAUCGAAGCGGUCGUAGAGGUUGAGGAUGAUAAAACAAUUAUACCUAGAAAUUCGUUGAUUGAGGUGAAUCAGUCGGGGCUUUUGAUGGAAACCAUGAUUGAUAUUACUCCUCGAGAUCCAAUUCCUACACCUUCUUUUGGGCCUCUGGACCCAGAUUGUGCUAAAGAAGGCUUGAUCUUGUGUGACAGACAAAAGUUAAAAGGAGACCAAGGUGUAAGCUUGGAUGCAUUAGUUGGGAUUUUUACACGUCUUGGAAGGGAAGUAGAACAAAUCGGUGUUGCUAACACUUAUGCAUUGGCGGAAAGAGCUGCUGCUGUUAUCGAAGAAGCAAGACCAUUGCUUUUGAAGAUCCAGGCCAUGGCAGAGGAUGUUCAACCUAUGCUGGCGGAGGUUCGUGAAAGUGGCUUGCUGCAGGAAGUCGAAAGUUUAACAAAAAGUCUCACUCAAGCAUCAGAGGAUUUGAGAAAGGCGCAUUCGUCAAUUAUGACUCCGGAGAACACAGAGUUGAUUCAGAAGUCCAUAUAUACCCUUGUAUUUACUUUGAAGAACAUUGAGAGUAUAAGCUCCGACAUUUUGGGAUUCACGGGUGAUGAAGCUACCAGGAAAAACUUGAAAUUGGUCAUCAAAUCACUCAGCCGGCUAUUGUGACAAGUCAAAACUUAAAUAUAAAACCCACAAUUUCCAUUUCCAAUUGUUAAAGUUUAUAGAUUGUGAUGUGAUUCGGUUUUUUUAGUAUGUGUUAUAGGAUGCAUUUUGUUAGUAGAGUUGAGAUUUUAAGUGUGAUCCAGAGAGACAUCCCGUAGGAUUGAAC